AUGCAUAUCGCAACUCUCCGAUGCAUACAGAGUUCAGACCGAACUUCUGAAGCAUCGAGACGUGAAAAGAGGGGAAACAGCUUUGCCUCCCACCAAAAUCGUUGGCAGAGCAUCUUCACUUCUGCUCAAACCUCAUUUUCCCAUCUCAUGCCAAGAACAGCACAAACCACCCACUGCCCACUCUCAUUUCACAAGACAAAGCUCUGGACCCUGUCAAGCCCAGAUCAUUAA